AUGUUGGCAGCUGCAGCGAUGGUGUCCAGCAGGACGGCAGUAGAGAGCAGUUGUCCUCUGGGGCAAUUCCCCUGUGGUAACGUGACGGUGUGUCUGCACCAAGCUCUGCAGUGUGAUGGACACAGAGACUGCCCCAAUGGAGCCGACGAGGAAAACUGUGGGGACAACAGCGGAUGGGCGGACAUCUUUGAUCGAACCGUCAGAAAGGUCGAACCACAGGGCUUACCACCAGAAGACUGCUACUUGCAGCAGUACCCAGAGAAUUGUGACUGUAUCAAGACAGAACUGGAGUGUGUGGAAGUCAACCUACAUGACGUUCCUCAAGUCUCCACCAAUGUCACCUGGCUGUCUCUGAAGAGUAACAAGAUAAAGAGCUUGUCUGACAACAUCUUCUCCAAAUACGCACACCUGCAGAGACUGUUCCUACAGAACAACAGCAUUCAGACGAUCUCCAGUGAAGCCUUCAGUGGACUCCACAAACUAGAGAAACUGUUUCUUAGUGUCAACUCCAUUUCAUCUCUCAAACUGGGUGUGUUCAGUGAUCUCCGUAAUCUAUGGUGGCUUGUGUUGGAUCAUAACCCUUUGAAAAGUAUCUCCCAAGACACCUUCACCGGCCUCACCUCCCUCAUGUUCCUUUCCAUGGUGAAUACGUCUCUCGUGGAGCUUCCCCAACCCAGCCUCUGUCACCACACACCUAACCUCAGCUGGGUGGAUUUUGAGGGGAACCAGGUCUUAACCAUCAACUACUCCACUCUGAAAACCUGCAGCCAGCUCACUGUACUCCUCCUGAUGAACAACAGGAUUCAUGCUCUUCCUGUUCGCUCUUUUCAGACUCUGGUGCUGCUGGAGGAGCUAGACCUGUCCAACAACCGGAUUAAGGAGCUCCCCAAAAACACCUUUAAGAGUUUAAAGUCCCUCGUCAAAUUGAACAUAUCCCACAAUCCUUUGUUCCACAUCUACCCGGGUCACUUUGAUGACCUGACCCAGCUCCAGUCCCUGGGUCUGGAGGGUAUUGAGAUUCCAAACAUCCAGACCAAGAUGUUUCUACCCAUGGGAAACCUCUCACACAUCUACUUCAAGACGUUCCAGUACUGUUCCUAUGCGCCCCACGUGAGAACGUGUAAGCCCAACACGGACGGUAUCUCUUCCUUCGAGGACCUGUUAGCCAACGUGGUGCUCAGGGUCUCUGUGUGGGUCAUGGCCUUCAUCACAUGCUUCGGGAACCUCUUCGUCAUCGGGAUGAGAUCCCUGAUCAGAGCGGAGAACAACCUGCACGCCGCCUGCAUCAAAGUCCUCUGCUGUGCAGACUGCCUGAUGGGUGUGUACCUGUUCUUUGUCGGUGUGUUUGAUGUGAAGUUCCGAGGGGAGUACAAUCGUAACGCUCUCCUGUGGAUGGAGAGUGUGGAAUGUCGAACCAUCGGAUUCCUGGCUAUGCUCUCCUCAGAGGUAUCUGUUCUGCUGCUGACCUACCUGACUGUGGAGAAGUUCCUGGUCAUCGUGUUUCCCUUCAGUCACCUGAGACCUGGAAAACUACAGACUGCGGUGGUGCUGUUAUCUAUCUGGGUGCUGGGGUUCAUCAUCGCCGUGGUUCCCCUGAUGAACGAGGACCUGUUUGGGAACUACUAUGGUCGUAACGGGGUCUGCUUCCCCCUACACUCUGACAGACAGGAGAAGCCCACUGCUAAAGGAUACUCUAUCGGCAUAUUCCUGGGUCUGAACCUGGCAGCAUUCCUAGUGAUCGUGUUCUCUUACUCCUCCAUGUUCUACUCCAUCUACAAGACUGGUAUCAACGCUACAGACCUGAGGAGCAGGCUACACAGAGACGUGGCUGUGGCUAACAGGUUCUUCUUCAUCGUCUUCUCUGACGCCCUCUGCUGGAUCCCCAUCUUCCUGGUCAAGAUACUGUCCCUGCUGCAGGUCGAGAUACCAGGUACCAUCUCAUCCUGGGUGGUGAUCUUUAUAUUACCCAUCAACAGUGCCCUGAACCCCAUCCUCUACACCCUGACUACCAGCUUCUUCAGAGAACAGGUGGAGGUCCUGCUGUGUCGUUGGCAGAGAAGGUCGACCCUGAAGAAGAACAGGAAGAGCCUGACCUCUACUGUAUACAUAGAGGACUCAAGGAAUACACUCAACCAGCCUCCAGCAUACCUACCUACUGUACCCCGGGUACCACUGACUGAUAUGGAUCCUCGCUACGGGUGAAGGGGAGGUGGUAUGAGUGGGGGGCACCCUCGUCAUGGGAAGGGGGGAGUGAGAAAGGAGGAGGGAGAGUAUGAAUGAGAGAGAGGGAGAAAAAAACGUCGGCACCCCUGAUGACCUAUCUGCCCAGCAUGUCUGAUAAGGCUCAUUUGCUACCGGUGAGAGAGAACUAGACUGCUGCAUAUGAAUGGCCCGUUAGGACCAGGGCUGUUCUGAAGAGGGCUGUUUUGAGACUAAUGGAUAGGGUUAUUACUACCGCAAAUUAAAAUGCCCUUUGGGUACAAUAACCUAUUCGUUCUCAAAAGCUCCAAGCCUUUCAACUGGAGCAAACUCACCUCUUCCACAGUACAGUACCAAUGACACAAAUGGCACACAGACAAAUGUGUAGCGCCCACCUGUCGGGGACGAGGAGAGGAUGAAUGGUGUGUUUACAUAUGAACUUUUCGUCAACAAACCUCCCUUUGUUUGUUUGUACAUAUUCUACUCAAUGGUGUGUUCCUUUUAACCUUCUGUUGCUGGGUAGUCUUAAAAAAGUCUUUAGAAAAAAAAUCUACUUUGAAACAAAAGUAUACACCUCACACACGUGGUUAUGGGCUUAUAGAAGAAGUUAUCUCAGAUACAGAGUUGAAAAUGUAUUCAAUGUUGAGUUUGCAUUCCAGUAUUACACUUUAUGUACAUCACAGAAGACUGAACUAUAACAAAACCGUUUGACAUAGAAACAUCGGAUUUAUCGGCGUCAUUUUUUACACAUUUUAAAUGUUAAUUAAUUAUGCAAUUAUGAAAAAAUAUUGCUAACAUUUCACCCAUGACGCCACUAGAGGGCGUCAUUUCACUGCAGGAACUAGUGAACUUUCUCCCUAAUCUGCGUGCCAAAAGGCACCCGGUUUCCUAAAUUGGGCAUUACUUUUGACCAGGGCCCAGAGUAGUGCACCUUAUAGGGAACAGGGUGCUAUUUGGGGUACUUCCCUGGUUCUCUGUUCCUUUACUGACGCUCACCUGGAAUGGCAUGUCUGUGUGCUAAUUGGGAUACUUCCCUGGUUCUCUGCUCCUUUACUGACUCUCACCUGGAAUGACCUGUCUGUGUGCUAAUUGGGAUACUUCCCUGGUUCUCUGUUCCUUUACUGACUCUCACCUGGAAUGGCCUGUCUGUGUGCUAAUUGGGAUACUUCCCUGGUUCUCUGCUCCUUUACUGACUCUCACCUGGAAUGACCUGUCUGUGUGCUAAUUGGGAUACUUCCCUGGUUCUCUGCUCCUUUACUGACUCUCACCUGGAAUGACCUGUCUGUGUGCUAAUUGGGAUACUUCCCUGGUUCUCUGCUCCUUUACUGACUCUCACCUGGAAUGGCCUGUCUGUGUGCUAAUUGGGAUACUUCCCUGGUUCUCUGCUCCUUUACUGACUCUCACCUGGAAUGACCUGUCUGUGUGCUGUACAUUUUCAGCUGUAUCUUAAGCCGACUCUGGGUCGGUGCCACGUCUCACUUUACCUGCGACUGUACAUGAGUAGCCUUGUCCGAGGAAGAACGGCUCACAGGGCAGGAGCCCCUGUUUCUGUAGAGUGGAGCAGCUUCAACGAACAUCCCGACAGGAAAAUCGCACGUUUUCGGGAAACACUUCACAGGAUGAUAUUUCACAUUUAGUUUCACAAUAACCUUUCUCAUGUGGAUUACAUUUCUCACAUGAUAUUUCACAAUAACCUUUCACAUUUUUUUCUAGGAGAGAUUCACAAGCCCUGCAAAAACAAAGGUGAGUCGUUAUGAUGAACACAGUGUUUUCAACUUGAACACGUGACACAUUUUGUCAUACAUGGCUACAUUGUGUAUGUUUCUGUGUGCAGUCAUUAAUAUUUAACAUGCCCUCAACUGGGAUCGGUUCACAGCCAUUCCAAUCUUCCUGUUUAGUCAUUAAUAUUUAACAUGUCCUCAACUGGGAUUUGAACUCACAACCUCUUGGUUCACAGCCGUUCCAAUCUUCCUGCUAGGCCACCAUGUCAGUAACUGAUUUCACCUGUAUUGCUACACUUUGGACUUCAAAGUAAAUCUGAGUUAAGGAUUGGUGUCCCACUAGCAGGACAACUUCGGGUGAAACUGGAGAGCGUGCAAUUCAAAUAAAAUGAUGGAUAUUAAACAUUUAUGUACAUACAAGUGUCUUAUAUCGGCUGAAAGCUUAAAUUCUUGUUAGUCUAACUGCACUGUCCGAUUUACAGUAGCUAUUACAG